AUGAGCAAGCGUCCUCAUCAAGGGUCCCCGCCCCGCCCUGCCUCCCAGUCUCCCGAUCUGGUGGAUCACACCCCCCAGGGCCUCUCGCCUGGGGACCCAGAGCAACAGCAACAUGCAUCCGGGCCCAGCAAAAAGCCCCGAAACUUUAUAGCCACAGUGGCAUGUGAGAAUUGCAGGCUUAAAAAGACGCGAUGUGAUGAGUCGCGACCGAAGUGCGGCUUGUGUAAGUCGCUGAACCUCGAUUGCGUCUACAAUGAGCGCAAGACCUCCAAACGGGACCAUUCCCUCAGCUUGAUAAUGAGCACAUUACAUCGACUGGAAACUAAGCUGGAGAAUGUUCCCAUGACCAUUUCCAAGGAAAUCCACUCCCUUCGGGGUCAGAUGCCCCGUAGUUUGGAUGGCACGGAGACAAUGAGCUCGCUCGCGCAUCACUCUCGCAGCACGAGCAGCUUGGGUAAGUUGGAACGCUUGGGCUCUCAGACUCUCACGCCUGAAGCAAUGCGACUGAACGAAGUGGAGAAUGACGACCAACACCUGCAUCCCAAUCCGACGGAGGCAAACGGGCUAGUCUCGAUUUCAUUCAGCCAGCAUGGUGUGAUAUCCUGGUUAGGUGCUCAGAAGAUCCUCCCACAACGGUUACUCGAAGCUCACGAGAAACUGGGCAAGAACUAUGUGAUUGACAUGGAAAUGAAGCGCCCUCAAUUGCCCAUGUACAUCUGUCCUUUCCCAGCGCAGGCCGGGGACAACUGGUUGAACGCACUUCCAUUGGCUAUGGUUAAGGGCCUUUCGGAUGCUUUCUUCACCACUUUCAACCUGUUUACACCCAUAAUCGACAAGAACUAUUACUAUGCCUUCACCCUGGGUGCGGCGAUUGAGAGCAACUUUGGCUACAAUAUCGAGAGCUGUGUGGUUCUCAAUAUCAUGGCGCUAGGCUGCAUCGCUGUCCACGCCUACCAGGAAGGGGAUUUCCCAUUACUAGGGACGCGCAGUGGUCGUUUCGAGCCUCCUGAUUGGAUGGGGGUGGUCUACGAGGAGCCCCCAGGAUUGCGCUUCUUCAACACUGCUCGCCAGCGCAUUGGGUUUCUAAUGUGUGACAACAACCUCCAAAGCUGCCAGUUUUACCUCUUGUCAUUUCAAAUCCUUCGGCCCAUGGAUUCGUGGGCCAUGAUCCAUCGAGCGGCCACUUGCUGUCUGUCCAUGCUCACCAAUCAUGAUGUCCAUUUCGAUGAAUGGGAAGGCGAUAUGAAAUCUCGUGUCUAUUGGAACUGCCUUAUGAACGAAACCAUUCUCGUCCAAGAAUUACACGUCCCGCCCAGCGGUCUCUCCCGACUCGAAGAAUACGUUCCAAUCCCCAAAUUCAUCACCUUCGAAACCGUGGGCUUCCCGGCUUCCCGCUCACUCUCAUUAGAAGAGAUAGACGAUUCGUUCUUCCAAUACCAUUUCCUCGCGCAGGUCGCCCAUCGAAUCAUCCUAACCCGCAUCCGACACUCGCUCUACUUCCACUGUGAGUUACACCUACUCCCAUCAUCUCUCGCCUGCCAGAUCCAUCAGACUAACCCUCCAUCCCUACCAGCCGACUCCGGCACAUUUCCCCACCCAGCCGUUAACGCCGAACUCCGUCACCAACUAGAACAAUGGCGCAUCAACCUCCCCGCCGCCCUCCAGUUUCCCGACCACACAAACUCUGCCCUGACCACAAACCCAAGCACCCCAAUACCUCCAUCUCCAGCCUCCCAGCAACACCUUCCCUUCACCCCCUCCCCCCGCCACGCCCUAUCUCCCGCGAUCGCCGUCUCAGAAGCCAUGCUUCGUGGCCGGUACAUGAUCGCCAACUUCCACAUCGGCCGCCCAUACCUUUACAAGGCGCUCCACACGCCCGGCUCCCUAACGGACAAAGAUCUCGAGCAGAUCCAUAGUGGUUUGCUCAAUGCAAUGAAUUGGCCUGUCGUGGGCGGUAUUUUCCAGCGCAUGAAAAGUUGUAUCCCGAUUAAAUUUGCUUUUUGUUCUCAAUUCUUCGGCCAAAUACUCCUCUUCUACUGUAUAUCUCACUCCUCGGACAGACGGUUACACGAGACUUUGCCUGCGGGAUGGGAGCAAUGGAAUCAGGAGAUGAUGCAAUUCUUAGAGGACUUAUGUGUGUGGAUGGUCUUCAUGCGUGUCCAAAAAGACCUUCUCUGCGUUUGCGACAAGAGGGUUGAUGUAUCCAGUCUCAGAUUAAAUCUGGUCUGCAGCGGCGGCGGCGGCGGCGGCGGCGAGAGAGUUUUUGGAGCCUACAUCAGCGACGAUAGGAAAGAUGAUACCGGGGCUAAUGUGGAAGAACAAUCAGGACUUGAAAACACGAUCCCAAUUAUAGACCUACAGGUUAGUGAUACGCCCAUUGACACAUUCAGGCAGCUUGCUAUUCAUCACGGAGCACAGAGGUGUCCGUUGCAGUAUGUGGAUGUGGAAAACUCCGUAAUCCCAACCGCUCCUUCCGAGCGCGCCUCGAUAGCAAGAAUCAAGCGUUUAUUACGACUUCAAUAUCGACCUAAAACGUCAUCUCAACAGGUUAUGAGCCCGGCUCCAACAUCAUACCUAAACCCUAUACCAGCAAGCUGUCGGUUCGAUGACACGCCUGAUCAACCUACAAAAAUUAUAACAUGA